AUGCCGGAAAUUGUCCCAGAUUGGGGGUCGAUAUUCGCGGCCGGAGCAAUAGAGCUGAAACAGGGGGAUAACGAAAAAGAAAGAGACACGGCGGGAGAACGAAGAUGGACCACGCUGGCGACAGAGGCAGCACACCUAAUAUGGAAACUGAGGUGCGAAAGGGUGAUAGCGAACGAGGGUCGAGAACACUCAGAGCGAGAAGUAAAGCAGAGAUGGUACGCGACGGCUGAACGGCGCCUAGAUCUCGAUAGACGCACGGCGGCUCAAAUGGACGGAAAGAAAAGGAAACAAACCAUCUACAGAGUCGAACAAAUAUGGAAACCACUUCUAGAAGACUCAGAAGACCUCCCAGAAGACUGGGUAACAUCAUGCGGGGUUUUAGUGGGUAUUAAGAGAGGACAAUAG